AGUUAAUCCAGGUAUCAAUCCAAAGACACGGGGGUGACUUCCGAGGAAUAGGCGACGCGACGCGUUCACAUUGACGUUGAACCUUCCGCUUUGUAGGGACAACAUUUCCCCAGUAUUGUUGUAUCACAUCCCAUUAAACAAUGUCGUCCGCCUCGAAACACCCUCCAUGAAAAGACCACGCAAGCGGAAGACUUCAGAACCCUCAUUUCACGGUCAUACAAUCUACUGACCCACAUCACUGCGAUCAAGGCUGACGAUGACGACCACUGGCACGCAAAAUGCGUCUAAUGCACUCAAAAUCCUAUGGGACCGACUCUCGCUCUGGAGCUAUAAUUUCAAGACACAAUCCCACGACACUUUUUCCCGCAUGCGCUGGGAAGACUACAUACGCCUCGUCGCCGUUCUUGGUGCAUACAUUCUCAUUAUCCGCCCAGUUCUCGUGAAACUUGGGGCGAGACAUCAGAUGCGAGAGCUCGAACGGCAAGAGGCAAGGGACAAGAAUCUCGGUAGCAGCAAUGUGAACGACCAAGGCUCGCAGCACUCCGCGAACAGUGGGACGACCGGUACAGAUUCGGCGGUGGAUCCGGCGGUGCGUCACAGACAAUUAAUACGCAAGGCUUUGCUAGAACACGAGGAGAACUUGCGAGCAACAAGGGAGGAAGAAGACGACGACGAUCAAGACAUCGAUGAAUUUCUUAUAGAAUAGACUAUGGUCUUGGCUGCUAAUUGGUGUUGGUCGUACUACAGCCUUAUGGUUGCAUUAUACAGUUAGAGAUACCGUGGAUAGAGAUACCUAAUCAUACCUUAUAUACAAAGUACGUACGAGACAAUGGAUAUCAGC